CAAGAAUCGAUCUAAGUUCCACCAUUAAACUUUCUAUGAAUGAACAACAGAUCAGUGAGUAAAGAAAGAAUAAAUCCAUCAGAUGUGUCACAUGAUAAACUGCAGCUGUGUUGUGUCUUUUUCUCUCCAUCAGAUUUCUGUGAACUUGAAGUCGACACAAACUCAGUGAAUAGAUUCCUCAAACUGUCUGACAACAACAGGAAGGUGACACGUUUGAAACAGAAUCAGCCAUAUCCUGAUCAUCCAGACAGAUUUAACUACUGGAAUCAGCUGCUGUGUAGAAAUGUUGUGACUGGUCGAUGUUACUGGGAGGUUGAGUGGAGAGGAGACGUUUAUAUAUCAGUGAGUUACAGAGUAAUCAGAAGGAAAGGAGACAUGGAUGACAACUGGUUUGGACAGAAUGAUCAGUCCUGGAGUCUGUUCUGCUCUGGACAUGGUUACUGUGUCUGGCACAAUAACAGACCAACAUCCAUCUCGUCGUCCUCUGUCUCUAACAGAGUCUCAGUGUAUGUGGACUGUCCUGCUGGAACUCUGUCCUUCUACAGAGUCUCCUCUAACAAACUGAUCCACCUCCACACCUUCAACACCACAUUCACUCAACCUCUCUAUCCUGGAUUUGUCUUUUUGUCUCCUGGUUCCUCAGUGUCUCUGUGUUCUCUGUAGGAAGGAGAGUCUUUGAAGUGACAGCAGCUCCAGCUCUGAGGUUUAAAUGUUAUGGAGAUGUUUUUCUUAGGUGAAUCACAGUAUAUCGUGAUAUCAAGCCAGAAUACAUCUCGCAUAUCAAAACAUUUAAUUUAAUGCUGUGGUAACUGAAAGAGCUUCACACAAAAUAUAAAUGUCUAUAUCAACUGUACAAUGAUGUAUAAAGAUACAGUUGUACAAAUGCACUGUCUGAGCCUAUGUCCAGAUCAGGUAUUAACAUCUAUAAUGAGUGAUCAGAAUCAGAACAAGUAACCAUCUAUAAGCACUGGUGUAAACACACUUAUAUUUAAGAUCUAAACAUUCUGAGACUAAACACAUUUGAAAAUAUUCUGUCUUCUGUCCUUGUAGCUUGUAAAUAUGAAAUAAAUAAAUCUAAACAACCAACUCAUUAAAUUACUGAAUAUAUGUAGAAUGUGUGUCAUUAAAAAUGAUUCACCAUGUGGUUAAUUAUUGAUGUCAUCAUGUUGAUGUUUGUAAAGUAGUUAUUUUCUCUAUAAUAAGCACAGUAAGACAGGGUGUGACAGGACACUAUUAGAAAUGAUCAGAUCAGAAAUCCUGAUAUACUGUAAUUUGGCACUGAUACUUGUGGGAAAUUCCUUAAACAUCCAUCAAUAUUUCCUGUGAAACUCAAGAGUUUUACCUGUUUAUGCUACCAACUAAUAAAACCCUUUGCACUGA